AACUGUGGCAUCUGUUAACUCUUAUCCAUUGUUAAUUCCUAUCACCAUUUUCACUUCAAGAAAAUGCUUCUUUCAUGUCAAAACCACACUCUUUACCUUCCUUCUUCUUCCAUCCAUUCCGUCAAGAAUUCGAAACCCAACAUUAUAAUCAAUUGCCAAACCCCAAACGAACAAAACCAACCCAUUCCCAGAAGACACAAUUCAAAAUCCACUUCAUUUCUCAUCCCCUACCUUUCACACAAAAACAGCGACAAUCAUCACUCUUCACCCACUGAGCUACAAGACCCAAUACCGCAUGAAGAAAAAGUGAAGCUUUUAGAACUUUCCUUAGUGAGGAAAAGAACCCCACAAUUUCCUGGUUCAAUUUAUGCUCAAUCCCCUAGUGACUCUGAUGUGGGUUCUUCUCUUCCUCCUCUUCGUACGCUUUUUAGAUCGCGUGAUGAAGAAGAAGAGGUCUUAAUCAUGAAAGCUCUUGAAAUUUGUAGGAAGGUUACGGAAGAGGUUUUCAAAGAACAAAUGAGAAAGGGUAAAUUUGGAAUUACUUAUACAGACAAUUUGGUUUCUAAGUUGGGUGGUUUUGUUGAUUAUGUUAUGAUUGAAGUUGCUAACUUGAAAAGAUUGCCUCAAUAUUCUCACUCUACUUUCAACUUACACGCCAAAACUGUUAUUGAAGAUUCCCAAGUUGUACAACUUAUUAGAUGGUUGAAGCAUAAUUCUCUAUCGUAUCCACUGCUUUAUAUUCUGCAGGAUUGAUGCUAUGUUAACAUGGUUGAACGGUUAGCCAUAUGGACCUUGUUUGGCAUGCUUGGCUCUCACCUUGGCAUGGCUUACUUAUUGCAGGAAGGUUCAAUGGACAUGCUAGUCAUGGAUGUAUUGUGGGGGAUGAAUACUAUGACAUGUUAUUGAUGUAAUGUAUGGUGAUAAUUGAAGAAUGGCUUAAGACUUAGGAUUGUCCAUGGU